AUGUCUCCAAUGACUUUAUUCUAUGUGGCGCACGAGUUUAAUCCCGUGCAUCCCCCUUUGCCACAGCUAUUAUUUUCGCUCGCAAAAUGUUGUCCGGCAGUUCACAAUGCCCGUUUGGAGUUUGUACCAUUGUCGAUCGAGUGUCCAAUAUUGAGCAAGUAA